UGUGACGACGUCAUGUGAUCCAUACUUCCUAGUCUGGUAGCAGUUCGCUACUUCGAGGUCGUGUAGCGUUGUCAAGCGCAUAAGUUAACUUUUUCUACUUUUAAAACUCUAUAACCAAAGACAGACAUGGCGGAGCUUAGUUUUGUAAUUCCUAUGUCGGUGAUGACUCUGUUUUGGGGGAUUAUUGGUGGAGUUGUGCCGUGGUUUGUCCCCAAGGGACCGAACAGAGGAGUGAUAGUUACCAUGUUGGUGCUAACUGCUGUCUGCUGCUACCUGUUCUGGCUGAUAGCGAUCCUGGCCCAGCUCAACCCUCUGUUUGGACCAACUCUAAAGAACGAUACCAUCUGGUACAUGUGUACUGACCACUGGCCCUAG